AUGUCAUCAUCUUCUUCUUCCUUGGUUUCUACCACUGACAUCCUUGAUGGCAAUACCUUCAUUGAAUUGCUGACACCUCCGCAACAGGCAAUGCCAGUGUGGGGGAAACAUGCUGGACAGGUCAAAUUAUCUUCACAAGGAAGACAGCAACAGUUGUUGACUGUAGUAUCGGUGGUACAGCAGCAAUCAGGUUGCUCGCAGAAACUGCCCAGAAUGGAAUCCAAAAGAGAAUCCAACAAUCCUGCAUUGGCGUCGCUUGGCUCGAGAACUUCAGACGAGGCAGUGUCAUCAUUCUUUGACGGCAAGGCCGCAUCAGAAGAAGGAGAAGAGUGUAUAUCCAUGGCAAGCAAAAACCCCAGCAAACGUGACAAUCAAGGCGCUUCCAUUGAUUUAUGGAGUGAAAUGGAAUGGAAUGGAAGUGAUGGUGAGUCAAAACAUGAGCCACAACGAAGAUGUUGCAACGGAGGGUUGCUUUGUGCAUGUGACGAAGGAGGACAUCCAUGA